GUGAACUAAUUUAUUUUAAGAUUAUGAGGCAUGUUUUCUUUUGAAAUACAUAUAACAACAAACUUUCAAUGUGCUGCAUUUUGGAGCACUUUUGGAAACUUUUUUUCCAUGCAGGAUUUGCAUAGAGUGAUGUCAAAGGGGCGUGUCAGUCAGGAUUACAGGCUGAGGAGAUUGAGUAAUCACUAUGGAUACAGCUUUUAGUUUUCCAUUUGUUGGUCUUGUGUGGAAGUAAUGCUGUGCAGUUUCCAGCACUUCACUUUUUUACCACCAUGUCUGUUUUGUUUUGCUCAGAAUCUUAUUCUCUUGCUUGAUUUUGAAAUUAUGACGAAGUAAGAGGCACUUAGGAAGUAAACUUUAUAAUGGACUCUCCUGGACAAUGGACAAAAUAUACACUUUUAUUGUUUAAUUUUCUGGUGUUUAAUACUACCUUCAUCAUACCUUCAUCUGGAAAUACAGUGAAUGUGAGCAGUGAGAGGCAAUUUGCAGAUAUAAUCUUAGGGCAGCAUACGCCUCCCUCCUGGUUUUAUACAUCUAUUGAUGCUGUGUCCAAGCAUGGCACAGUCAGCUUACACUCUCAGAACAGAUGGCAAACACAGAUGGCUUUCUCCAAAGCUGUUUAUUCAUUUGAAGUGAAAGAAGACACAGUACCAGGAACUGUUGUGGGAAAGGUGGAAACAGUGUUUGAGAGUCUCACGUCUAUCACAUACUCAGUGCAGGAGGAUGACGGAGAGAACCUGUUUCUCCUCAGCCCUCUCUCAGGGGAGUUCCUAUUAUCCCGCAGGCUGGAUUUCGAAGCACAAAGAUUCUACAUACUCACUGUGGUGAUGCAGCAGGGGGAUUCAGUAUCCAGUGUCAGGGUGUACUUCAAUGUGUUGGAUGUGAACGACAACCCCCCUGUUUUCAGUCAGGAUACCUUUUCUACUUCAUUGCUGGAAGACACAAGGGUUGGAACUUGCUUCCUGUCCUUGAAUGUGUCAGAUAAAGAUGAUGGUCACAAUGGAGACUUGAAACUGAGAGUGGUUGGUGGAGAGGAAGAGGAAGUGUUCCUCAUAAACUCAGCUGGUAGUUUAUGCCUGAACACAGAGUUAGACAGAGAGAGACAAUCCCUCUACAAUCUGACAGUGACAGCCAAUGACUGUGUCCAGCCUGAGUCUUUACAGUUCACCAGCACAGUGCGUGUUAUUGUGGUGGUUGAUGACAUCAAUGACAAUGCUCCUUUGUUUGUGUCAGCCAAAAUAGUCAGUAUACCAGAGGACACUGCACUUAAUUCUGUUAUAAUGACUGUACAUGCUGAGGAUGAAGACAUUGGCUCCAACGGAGAAGUUUUAUAUUAUUUAAAUAACACUUCUGGUGGCAUGUUUAGCAUUGAUAACAGAAGAGGAAAAGUAUACCUGAAAAGGGCAUUGGACAGAGAACAUCUAGAUACCCUGAAUAUUACUGUGACAGCUACUGAUAAAGGCUCACCCAGGUUGGCAACCACUAUGAAUCUCACGGUGCACGUCGAGGAUGCAAAUGACCAUGACCCCGAGUUCUCACAAAGCACCUACAGCCUGACAGUCAGAGAGGAUACCCCCAGAGGAACGAGUCUGUUUCAGGUUCAGGCUCUUGAUCGAGACAUCGGGACAAAUGGACAAGUGCGGUACAUAUUGACCCAGGGGGGUCCGUUUGUGGUGGACUCGGUGCGAGGUGUCAUCACAGUCAUGGAUAAACUGGACAGGGAGAGUGAUUCAAACUACAUCUUAAUCAUAACAGCUGUAGAUCAGGGGAAUAUACCCAGAUCUGCUACUGCUGCUAUCAGUGUCACAGUGUUGGAUGUCAACGACUUUGCACCCCUCUUUACUCCAGAAACACUCACCAUACAUGUAAUGGAGAAUGAGGAGGACCCCUCUCAGCUAACAUAUCAGGUCUCAGCUUUGGAUGAAGAUUUAGGCAUCAACAAGCAGCUUACCUAUUUUAUACAGAAAGAAAAUAGUGAUGGUUUGUUCUCCAUCACUCCCAGUGGCACGUUUCAAAUUUUACACAGCUUGGAUAGAGAGAGGGAAUCACUGUAUUUCCUUACCAUCAUUGCUGUUGAUUCAGGAUUUCCACCUCUAACAGGUACUCUAAGUGUACAUGUCAUAGUGGAUGAUAUCAAUGAUAACCGUCCAGAGUUUACUGAGGAAGUCUACAACACCAUAGUGUCUGAGGACAGUCCUAUAGGCACUGUGUUUGCCAUGAUAACAGCAUCUGACAUUGAUGAGGGUGUCGGUGGGGAAAUAAGGUAUUCCACGGAGAACCUCGAUGUGCCUUUUGCCAUUGACGAAACAUCUGGUGAGCUGUUUACAACCGAUGUACUGGACAGGGAGACAGUAGCCAUUUACAGCUUGAUGGUGAUUGGCAGUGAUAAGCAUCCUACUCAGUCUCUGUCAAGCUCAGUGCUUGUUACUGUGCUCAUUGGAGAUAUUAACGACCACUGGCCCCAGUUUAUGAACAGCCCCUAUGUGGCCUAUGUGCCCACUGAGAUGGCUCCAGGCUCAGUUGUUUGUGCAGUACAAGCAACAGAUGGAGAUACUGAGAUGAAUGCAGAACUACAUUAUUCAUUAUAUGGACUAAGUUCAGAUCUGUUUGUCAUCUAUCCAUAUAGUGGCACUAUAUUCACUUCAAGUGCUAUCCAGAGAUGGGAAGAUAUAAUUGUCAAUGUACACGUGGAAGAUGCUGGAGAAAAUCCUAAAUUUGACAUCACUACCAUCAGUAUCAGGUUCCAGAACGUCUCUGAUUUUCCAGUGAUGAAUGUGGACGUUCUGAGUUAUUCCCUCUCUGAGGACAAGCCAGUGGGAACAUUAGUGGCAGUUGUCUCUGCAGCGAGCAUCAGAGCUGAACCUGUCUCUUUUUAUCUAGCUUCUGGAAACUUUGAAGACAUGUUUCAUGUGGAGCAAUUAAGUGGAGCGUUGACAGUGGAGAACCCUCUGGAUUAUGAGAACAAAAAGGAGUUCACUUUGUUGAUAGAAGCUAGAGACUCUGGCUCGCCUCCUUUCUCAUCGUUUGCAGAAAUUCACAUAAACAUCAGUGAUGUAAAUGAUAACUUCCCUCAGUUCACCCAAGUCGAGUACAGGUGUGAGGUUUUUGAGAACUCCCCACCAUCCUGGGUUUGUGAUGUUCUUGCCAUUGACGCUGAUUCAGGUAGUUACGGCAUAGUGCAGUACAACAUAACAGAAGGAAACACUAAUAAUUUUUUUACAAUUGACCCUGAAAGUGGUUUAUUGAGCACCACUUCAAGUUUAGACAGAGAAAAUAUCCCUGAAUUCAAUUUAACAGUUAAAGCUGCCGAACUAAACAACCCUCUUCAUGAAGACAGAGCAACUGUUAUUGUUGUUGUUUUAGACAGAAAUGACAAUGCACCUCGUUUUUCACAGAUUUUUCUCACAGAGGUACCUGAGGAUUCCCCAGUUGGACACACAAUUAUACAAGUCACCUCAACUGAUGAUGAUACUGGUGCCAAUGCAGUAAUUAAUUACUCCAUAAUUGUCCAAAGUGAUGAUAUGCCAUUUAAUAUUGACGUCACCAGUGGCUACAUCACCGUUGAAAGACUUCUGGACAGGGAGAUGCAGGAUCAUUAUAUCUUGAAAGUAAAUGCAAAUGAUUCAGCAUGGAGCAUUAGCACCGACGUCACUAUAGUCAUUACAGAUGUCAAUGAUAAUAGACCAGUAUUUUCUGAUCAUUUUUACACUGUUGUCCUCCCUGAAACAAAAGAUAAAGAGGUGUUUGUUAUGCAGGUUCUUGCUACAGAUGCAGACAUGGGGAACAACUGUGAGAUUUUGUAUGUUAUUGAACCUCCGAAUGAGGAGUUUUGGGUGAACACUUCCUCUGGUGAAAUCAAUACAAAGCAGCCACUGAUGUUACAUAAUUCUGCUUUUGAAAUCUACCAAUUUACAGUCAUUGCAUUUGAUUGUGGCAGAGUUCCUCUGCACAGUAACGCCACUGUCACAGUGAGAUUAGAACCAUAUAACUACUACCCACCAAUGUUUUUACCUUUGCAGCCUCUGAUUGCUAUCCCGUAUCACAUGGCUGUUGGUACUGAGGUGGCCCAGUUUGCAGCAAUAGAUCAGGAUGUCAAUAACACCAGCGUUGGUAUUGAAUAUGUUUUGAAUGGAGGUAAUGCAUCUGAUUUCUUCUGGAUCCAAGCUGACAAUGGAAAAGUAAUGUUAAAUCAAAGUUUGAUGGAGAGCGUAAAUUUGUUUUUCACUUUAUUAGUCAUGGCAAAAGAUCAGGGCCACCCCUCUUUAUCAUCACAGACUGAAAUCACUUUUGAAAUUACUGGGAGGAAUCAAUUUUCUCCGAUCUUUAGAGAGCCAGAUGUCACAUUCACUGUUCCUGAGGACUUGUCGGUAGGAUCAGUAAUUGGGAAAAUUCAAGCACAAGAUGAGGAUUAUGGUCCCAAUGGUGCUAUCAUGUACUGCAUUACCCCAGAAAAUCAAUAUUUACCAUUCUCUGUAGGAGACUCCUCUGGGCUGCUAACACUGAUCAGAGAGCUUGACUUUGAAACAGAAGGUAUUUAUCAUUUCCAAAUCAAAGCCAUGGAUGGUGGCUGGGUCUCUAAAACUGGCAUGUUAAAUGUUACAGUGGUAGUUAUGGAUGUGAAUGACAAUCCUCCAGUCUUUUCAUCCUCAGAGUAUACCACUUCAGUGCCUGAAAACUCAGAAAGUGGAACAAAUGUCCUAGAUGUGAAGGCUCUUGAUGCUGAUUCAGGUGCAAAUGCACAAAUAUCCUACUCUCUCAUUGCUGGCCAUGUGGAUAAAUUUGCAAUUGAUUCAAGAAAUGGCACAAUCACCACUUUGGACGUCUUUGAUUAUGAGCAAGAGCAGAUCUUUGAUGUAACAAUCAAAGCUUCAAACAUUGGUGGUCAUGCUUUAUUUAGUUUGGCCCAUGUUGUCAUACAAAUCUCAGAUGUCAAUGAGUCCACACCUACAUUCAGGAAAAAAGAAUACAACUUUUUGGUAUUUAAAAAUGUACCUGUUGGAACUAGGAUUGGAAAAGUAACAGCUACAGAUGAUGACCAAGGCUCUGAAGGUCAGGUGUUUUACCUGAUGUUUGGUCAAAACAAAUAUAUGGGCUUUGAAAUCAAAAAACUUUCUGGAGAAAUAUACACAACUGGCAGUUUGAGGAAACAAGGCAACAGUCACAUAGUUUUAAAAGUUCUGGCGAAGAACUCUGGUGUUAUUACUGGCGUGGACGUAGACGAGACUUUGGUCCACAUCCGUGUCAUCGACACUAACGAUGCACCCAUAUUUACCUCUGCACUUUAUUUGGCGAAUGUGACAGAAGACAGCCCAGUUGGGGCAUCUGUGAUAACUGUGAGUGCUCUGGAUCAGGACUCCAUCUUUGACUGGAAUCGUUUCUUCUUCACUAUUGAAAAUGGAAACACAAACUUCUCUUUUGCCAUUGAUCCAUCCAGUGGUGUUAUUUCAGUAAACUCUCCACUUGACAGAGAACUGGUACAAGUUUAUAAUCUGACUGUUACAGCCACUGAUAAUGGCUCUCCACCAGCCACAGGGACUACAUAUGUCAUUGUGACUAUUGAUGACGUUAACGACAAUGCUCCCAAACUCACAUUCACUGAGGCUCAAGUGAAAGAAAAUCAGCCUCAAGGCACCAUAGUUGUCAGACUAAAUGCAUCUGAUUCUGAUUUGCCGCCAAACCAGGGACCUUUUACUUACUGGUUGGCAAAUCCUUCAGCAGGUAGUCCUUUUUCACUGACUCCUGAUGGAGUUUUAUACACCACACGGACUAUUGAUCGGGAACAAAUCUCUGCAUAUCGAGUCCUGGUGGCUGUUAGGGAUGCAGGGAUCCCUCUGCUGUCAUCAACAACAAUGAUCCACAUCAAGAUUGUGGAUUUAAACGAUAACCCUUCAUUGCCUAGAAACAUCUUCAUCGAGGUGAAAUAUUUUGGUAGUUCUUUCCAAGGAGGCAUGGUCGGAAACGUCCAUCCUGAGGAUCAGGAUGAGUCUGAUACAUUCAACUGCGCUAUCAAAAGUGGUCCACUUAAUAUGUUUACAGUAGCUAAUGGCACGUGUGAGCUGUGGUCGUCUCCUUUUCAAGGCGAGGCUACAUUUAACAUCACUAUCGAAGCUACAGAUCAGCUUCACCUCCCAGUCAACAACAGCAUCUAUGUAAACUACAAAGGAUUCACAAAUGCUUCUAUAGACAGCUGCAUAUUAUUCUAUGUGUCAUCAUCCUCAAUGGAAGAGUUUUUGUCUAAUAAUUAUUUGCGAUUUGUGAAAGCUCUGGACAGUCUGUUUAACCUACAGGCGUCUAAGACUCAUGCAUUUGGAAUGAAACAUAUUGGCAGUGAAAUCCUUCUAUUGGCUGCGGUUAAAAAUUACAACGGUCAAUAUCUUAGCAGAGAGGUGGCCAGUGGUAUCUCUGCAGGCCAUAAGAAAUUACUGGAGGCUCAGAGCAAUGUGACGAUUUCUCACAUCACCAGUGAUCCAUGUCUCACCAGCCCUUGUCAAAAUGGGGCAACGUGCAACAAAAACAUUUACAUCACCCAGGAUGUUGCUGUUCUGGAAAGCACGGCAGUCAUCUUUGUGUCACCGCAGAAAGAGAUUUUUAAUUGUACCUGUCCAGCCGGCUUCACUGGGACACUGUGUGAAGAUGACAUUGAUGAAUGUGAGGUGAAUCCCUGCGAGAAUAAAGGCACAUGUGUGAAUACUCCAGGAAGUUUCUACUGUCACUGUCAGAGUGGCUUCUCUGGCUCUGUCUGCUCUACAGAUGUAGAUGAAUGCCUGAAGGUGAAUUGCCAAAACGGAGGAACUUGUAUUCCCACUCGUGAUAGAUAUCACUGUCACUGUGUGCCGGGAUUUGAAGGAGAAAUGUGUGAGCAGUUCAUAGACCACUGUAGAUCAACCCCCUGUGUUCAGGGCAGCUGCGUCAAUUCACAGACAGGAUUCUCUUGUCAUUGUCCCUUUGGAGUCAGUGGAGUCCACUGCGAGGAGCACAGUUAUGGCUUUGAGGAGCUGUCCUUCAUGGAGUUUCCCCCGUUGGAUCGCAGCACAAAUUUAAUCUUUCUAGAGUUUGCGACAGUGCAGAGGAACUCCCUGCUCCUGUACAACCCUGGAGGAUCAUCCAGCAGAGAGUUCUUUGCACUGGAGAUACUGGAUGGGACUAUACAUCUCUCUUAUGACCUGGGCUCAGGACCUGUGAGGCUGCAGACAAACAAGAAAGUGGCAGACGGAUAUUUUCACAGUGUUACUGCCAGGAGGACUGGCAAUAUGGGUUCUUUGCAUGUGGACAACUGCACAGAUGUGAUUGUUGAGAACAAUGGAUUUUGUUUUUCACAGAGUGAUGGCAGAAGCUUAGAGAGUACAUUAGAUGUUGGCAGUAAUAUGACAUUUGGAGGACUGAGGACUUUUGAAUCUAUUUUACUGCAUCCUGCUCAGAUAAAAACCCAUGAUUUUGUUGGAUGUAUUCAUAACAUUCAUGUGAAUGGCAUCCUGCUGAGACCUUCCAUGGCCCUUGCAACAUAUAACAUCCUUGAUAGGUGUCCUCGGGCAACACCAUCCCCAUGUCACAGCAACCCAUGUAAGAACGGCGGCAUGUGUCAUGACCUUUGGUCUGACUAUCUUUGUGAGUGCAAAAACCCUUUUACUGGAAGCAACUGUGCCAAAGAAAUUUCAGAGGAGCUUGUGUUGCGAUUCAAUGGGAAUGACUACAUUGAGUAUGUCAUCAAGGAGCGAUUCAGGAGAGACUACCUGUUAAAAGACUUGCUGGAUGAUGAAAAAGAGGAAAAUACCAGAGAACAAAGAAUAAUUAACAUCAAGUUCAAGACCCAAGAUAAUGGCGUGUUAAUGUUUGUUGCUGGACAGACAAGAUACAUUAUGCUGAAGAUAAAAGACAGAAAACCUGUGUACAUUUCCAGAGAUACACUGUCAGGACACCUUUCAGAGUUCACUGUGGGCUCUCCCGUGGCUGAUGGGGUCUGGCAUGUCCUCUCCUUGUCCAGCAAUGGACAGAACACUUUUCUGAUUGUGGAUGGUAAACCAGUCUUGAACAUCACUGACCAAAGUAUGGAUCUCACUCCUGUUAGUGUGGAAAAGAUUAUUUUUGGUGCAGCUCUGACAGGUGAUUCAAAACUCCAACAGUCAGGGUUCACUGGAUGUGUGCAGUAUUUCAAUAUGACCGGUUACACUCUGCCUGUCAGUGGACACAGUAUGAUGGUGGACGUCUGGCCGAGCUUGACUCUUGUCCAGUCGAGUUGCAGCUCUCCUGGGGUAUGCCUCACCUCCCCCUGCUCUGAGGAAGACACAGCCAGGAGGGGUUGUCUCUCUUCACACUGUCAAAACCAGUGGAGGUGUGGACCUGCUGUGCAGAACAGGUCAUGCAUCUGUUUACAUAAUGUCUCCGACCACACCUGUGACAUCUGCAUCUCUACAACAGAGAGCAGUGAUCGAUGCUCUGAGGCGCAGGGUAGCGUGCCUCUGUGGCUCAUAGCUGUGAUUCUUCCUCUAAUCUCCAUCCUGGUGAUUAUAGGAAUGUUUGUUGCCCUUUACAGAGUGAGGCGGCAGAAUGCAAAGUGUCAGAGUCAUAGCUCGCCACAGAAAACAGAGCAAGGGACAGACAACGUAACGUUUUGCUUUGAUGACAACAGAACGGUCACAGAUAUUGCAUCUGCAGAAAAAGAGAAACAACAUGACUCGAUGAGUGCUGCUCAGCAGAGGUUAAGUGUGGAGUUUUACUGUGAUGCCAGUCUGUCAAGUGUUCAGCCGGUGCCAAACUGUGAGCUGGAGUAUUAUGAAAUCGGCAGCAUCUCUAGUGCAUUUCAUUCAGACACUGCCUCACUAAAGCUCAGCUGGCACAAGCAUUUGUACAGCACAAAGUGUAUGAAAUCUGAUCCUAAACGGUGGGGAGAUUUGAGGACUUUGUUAGCAGGAUUUAAGAAAGAAUGCUCCAGUGAAGAGAGGGCAAAAAGUCCUACGAAGCCUCAAAAUGUGGUGUCCCUAAACAAGCAGUUGUUGACCAAGAUUGAUACGGAGCAGUCCCAGCAUUGUUACAAGAAGAUGUUCCUACAACCAGAGUUCCUGGAACCUGUACAACGCCUCACUUUUGAAGAAAUUAGUAAACUAAACACUCCUCUGGAGCAAACAAUGUCACAGCGAGCAUUCCUAUGGUCCAAACCUGCCAAGUCCACCACAAUGGUCGAUGUGUCAUCUGAUAGUGAAACAGACAGCACAUUCACUGGCUCACAGUAUGAGUGCGGACAGUUUUCUUUCACCAGGAAAUAUAUACAUGACCAGUCUUCCCCGUCAGUGUGCAGCUUCAGACAACAAGACAUCUUGCCUGUCAGCUCAUUCUUAAAACACACCUGUCAUUCUGCUGCAGGCCAGUAUAAAGCUGAAAGUGCUCUCUCCAGUAUGUGUGAGCAAUGGGAAAAUAUUUUAAAUAUACACAUACCUUUCAACAGCUAUGCUUCCGUAUUUGAGGAUAUUGCACGUCUACCCACUGAACCCAGCCAUAGCUAUGACAUGCAAAGUGACAUAGAGGAAACUAUUUGAUGGUCGUUAUAUAGGUGUAGCCAAUGGGUCAGGUGGUGGCAGUCGGUAAAUUACACUUUAUUUAAAUAAUUUUGAUAUAUUAAAACAUGGCAAUCCUAAGUUUUAGUUCGGACUUUGACCAGGUUCUGAAUAAGCAGUGAAAUAUGUUUUCACUUAGACCAAAGCUCUUGAUGUUUUCAUGUUUACUUUCACUUUUUGCUGGUUUUCUCUGAAGACUUAUCUGAUUAAAGUUUAUUUUUACAUCUUAAGAGCAACCAGAGGAUAUCUGGUGAUGAUGCUUAAAUGUAUAAAACCCAUGUAAAGUAUUCAUAUGUCACUAAAUGUCCUAUUUAUCCA